AUGGCCGGAGAAGAUAUAAGUCGGGCUAUGGAACGCACAAUGUUUGCUUUUGGGAACCAGUUUCUCGCAGGUAUUCGUGCAAUACAAGGCAAAGAGCUAACCGAAGAGCAGGCCGAAGAGCAGGUCCCGAGGCCCAUCCGCCACCGGACAUCCGUUCGUCGAGAGCAUGGCCUAGCUCAUCAACAUCUGUUCGAGGACUACUUCGCCGAUGAGGACCGACUGUUUUUCGCCGACGGUUUAGGAUGUGGCGAGAACUAUUUCUUCAGAUUGUUCACCCACAUGUUCGACGAGUAUCUUCACGUCGGGGAUACAACUGGCCGGGAGUGUCUGGUAAAAUUUUGUGAGGGCGUGAUUGACGCCUUCAGCGCCGCAUAUUUGCUCAAGCCGAAUGCCGAAGAUUGUCAGUUCCUGAUGAGGAUGCAGGGUGCACGGCUUUCCUGGAAUGUUAGGGAGCAUUGA